AUAAGAAUAACCCUACUGGCACUCGACAGUGCACCAUAGAUAAGAAUAGACAAAGACCUACAACUGAACAAUGACUGUCAUAUGGUUUGCUUUUUUCUUGACAAUAUGUUUGCCAAGAACUCGUGCAAACAAGGAUAUCGAAACUGAAUUAAAUGAAAUUCGGAAAGAAAUUCGCGAGUUGCGAAUGGAAAACCAAGCACUGGGGAUCAUUGUAAAGCGCCAAGAAAAUGAGAUUCGCGAACUACAUGUACGGAUUGAGAACCAAGACCCGAGAAAUGAUCUGGACAAAACGAAAGGAUCUCCAUCUGAUCCAAAUGAAAUGAGCGAACCAUCUUCUAUCAGCAAUAGAAAGAGACUAGUUGGUACUAACAGUCCAAUAGCGUUCUACGCCUACAUGUCAAAGCCAGAACAAAAUCCAAGCAAUCAUCAUAUGGUCAUUUUUGACGUCAUUAAAACAAAUGUUGGUGGGGGGUACAAUGGGCAUAGUGGGAUGUUCACAGCUCCUGUUGCAGGGAUUUACGUUUUUACAUGGACUAUCUACACUGGUAACCACGGUAGAUGUGGAUUUGGAAUUUACGUCAACGACAAUAUAAUGGGUAGCACGUUUGGAGAAACUGAUGACGUUGCUGGAGAUUAUGAUUCUGAUUCGGGGACUAUAGCUGUAGCAUUGAAUGCGCAUGACGAUGUUUACAUUCGAACACUCGAGGCUUGUACUACCUUUAUAGAAAGCAUUCGUGUGAACACGAGAACCACAUUUGCUGGAUGGAAACUCAACUAA